CAAAUCAAAUUAAGAAGUUUUUUCUUUCACAAAAAUUUUUCAUUUCCCUUUUCCUUCAUUCUAUUAUUCAUCUCUCCUCCCACAAAAGAGGACAAAACCAAAAAAAAAAAACUACAAAGUCCUAUUUUUCUUUCUCCCAUUGAUUUGUUAUCUUAGGUUUUUAUCUUCUUCAUCAAGCAAACGCCAUGGCGAAUGCGGCAUCUGGGAUGGCGGUAGAGGACGAGUGUAAGCUCAAGUUUUUGGAGCUAAAAGCGAAGAGAAACUAUAGGUUCAUAAUAUUCAGGAUAGAUGGACAACAAGUGGUGGUGGAAAAGCUGGGAAGCCCCGCGGAAACCUACGACGAUUUCACCAAUGCCCUACCGCCCAAUGAGUGCCGCUAUGCUGUUUAUGACUUUGAUUUCACCACUACUGAGAAUAUCCAGAAGAGCAAGAUCUUCUUCAUAGCAUGGUCACCGGAUUCGUCGAGGGUAAGGAUGAAGAUGGUGUAUGCGAGCUCAAAGGAUAGGUUCAAGAGAGAACUGGAUGGGAUUCAGGUGGAGUUACAAGCUACUGAUCCGAGCGAGAUGAGUCUUGACAUCAUCAUAAGUCGAGCUCUCUAGAUAUUAUAUAUAUCUUCUCCCUGCUUUUCUAUAUAUAUUCAUAAAUUAAUCAUGGUCAAAUCAAACAAUUCCUUCAUGUUAUAUGUAACUUUGAGUCUUGGUUUCAUUCAUUCUUUCUCCUCUUGACUAUUUUUUUUUUUUUAAUUUUUAAAAUUUUUAAGUUACUUUUUUAAAUUGACAUGGGUUUGUUAAACACUUUCUCGCUUGGGACAAGAUGAAACCAUGUUCGUGUAAUAUGUUGCAUACAUUCGUUGAAAAAUAAAUAAUUUAUAAAAGUGUUCAGUUCAUUUGUUUCAACGAGAUGUCGAUAUGUCCGAGUGGUUAAGGAGACAGACUUGAAAUCUGUUGGGCUUCGCCCGCGCAGGUUCGAACCCUGCU